AUGGACCACUUUCUGCAUAUGCAUAAGAAGAAGUACAGAAAUCAGCGCAAAAAGCUGAAAGAGCUGCUAAAAAGAGACGAAUAUCGUUUUAAGGUUGGAAACAAAGUUACUGAUAGAAGGCUGCGGAAGUUCUGGAACCGUAGGAAAAGUCUUUUUAGUCUAGUGGACAAGGGAAAUAUUUACCUGACCGAUGAGCUGUGGUAUAGCGUGACACCAGAGGUUAUGGCAAAGUUCAUUGCCAAAUUUAUAAAAGCAUGCAUUCCUGAGGCCACUACAGUAUUAGACGUGUUUUGUGGCGGCGGAGGAAAUUCUAUACAAUUUGCUAAAGUUUUUGACAAGGUUUAUGGCGUAGACUUAAAUUUGGAUCAUCUGUAUUGUACAUACAAGAAUGCGCAGGCAUAUAAUGUGAUUGACCGAAUAUGGCUGAAAUACGGAGAUUGGGUUGAAAUUGCGAAGAAAGGACGAUUUCAGGAUGUUAAAAUAGAUUGCAUUUUUGCUUCUCCACCCUGGGGUGGACCGGAGUAUCUUAAACAGGAGAAAUUCGAUUUGGAGAAAUCCUUAAUUCCUGUUCCACUUAGCGAUGCGCUGGCCAGUUUCUUUAAAUUGUGCAGUAAUGUUGUAAUGUUUCUACCGAAGAAUUCUGAUCUAGCCCAGCUCUCUGAAAUAACUGCUCGUCUUCUGGGGCCCGAUGCCAAGUGCAAGGUUCUGUAUAUGAAGAAAGAAGGAUGGCUCCAGGGUUUGAUGUGCUUCUGGGGCAAGGCAUUCUACGAAUACCCAACCUCCGAUGCCGAAGAGCGGGCUCCAAAGAGAUGCGAAUUGGACUACGAUUGA